AUGAAAUUUGCAGAGCAUCUUCAAAAUUCUGUAGUACCAGAAUGGAAGGAUAAAUAUUUGGAUUAUAGACUGGGUAAAAAAAAAUUAAAGCUGUUGUUGAAUUGUGGAAAGAUAUUGUCCAAACCGGAUUUGGUCAAUGAAUUUAUCGAAGAUUGGUUGAUUUCUGUGGAAUUGAAUAAAAUUAAUAAUUUUUACCUUUGGUUAUUAAAAAAUUGUAGUGAAAAAUUUAGUAUAUUAGAAAAACAGCUAAAUUACUUUAAAUACCAAUGUACGUUCGAUGAAAAUCCUGCAAAUGUAGAAGAAGACGAUGUUGACGAUGAGAGUUUAAGUGUAACUAAUAGAGUUUUCUCUUAUGGUUCAUUCUCUAAUACGGAUUCUUUUUUCAAGAAUAUUUCAAAUUUUGAAAAAUUAAUUGAAUUUUUAAAAAAUAAUGAAAUUAUGCCUUCUCUUCCCUCAUUUAAAUUUGGCAAAGACAAUAAAAGACAUGGAGGUACCGAAACAUUUAUACACGAUUUUAAUGCUGACAAUGAAUUACCAAACUUAAAUAAAUCACAAUAUUUGCUAGGAAAUGCAAUUUUGGAGUUCUAUUUAUAUAUUCAAUUGGUUAAAACCUAUAGAGAUUUGAACAUUACAGGUUUCAAAAAGAUUAUUAAAAAAUUCGACAAAAUUUUUGCAUUUGCAAAUAGCAAUGAAAAUAAUUAUGAUAGAUUUGUCCAAUACGCAGAGGAAAAUUAUUCAAUUUUUAAAAAUUCACUAGAACCAAAUAAAGAAUUUGAUCCAUUAACCAGUUAUGAAAAUAUUAUAACUAAUUGGUAUAUGGUCGAUUUAACUAAGGACCAUUCAACAAUGAGUAAAAAAAUUCACAACAAUAAAUUAAAGAAAUUGACAGUUGGAUAUUCACUAAAUGAGCAGAUGAUACAUAGAAAUAACAGAUCCAUAGCACAAAUGUUUUUCGCUGGAAUUUCAAUGGGUAUUUCCUUCUUAUUAAUUUUAAUAACCAUUUAUAUCACUUUAUCAGAUGAAUUUAGAGAUCAUCAAGUGACAAAUUUUGCAUAUUAUAAAAUAUAUCUACCACUUUGGGGUGGUUGGUAUAUGAUUUUUUUAAUUUCGGCCCUUUUCAUUGCCGAUUGUUUCAUAUGGCAUAGAACACAUAUCAAUUAUAGAUUCAUUAUGUUUGGAGAAAUUCAUACAAAAUUUGGAACCCAAUUUUUUAAUAAUGAUUUUGCUACAAGUUUAAUACCAUUGAAAUUGUAUUUUUUAAAUUGGUUUUCCUUACCUAUUUCAAUUCUGGCAGUGGUAAAUUUUUUCCUAGGUAAAAAAAUCAUUACCUUUAUUUACUUGUCAAUAGCAUGGACAGUAUUUCUGUUCUUAUUACCACCAAAAGAAUACAGACCAAGAAUAUUGAAUAUUCCUUACUGGGACAAAUUAAUUGCACAAAGAUUUUGGUUAAUCAAAACUUUCAUCAGAUUAAUAUUUUCAGGACUAUUUCCUGUUGAAUUUAGUGAUUUCUUUUUAGGUGACAUUGUUUGUUCAUUGACUUAUUCAAUGGCUGAUCUCGCAACAUUUGCGUGCAUUCAAUCACCACUUAAUCGAACUAGUCUUGAUCCACAAUGUGGUUCAUCUCGUUUGAAGUCCAUGGGUGUUUUAUCAUGUGUUCCGAGUUACUGGAGAUGUAUGCAAUGUUUACGAAGAUAUGCAGACUCUGAUGAUUGGUUCCCACACCUUUUCAAUGCAGGAAAAUACAUAAUGGGUAUUUGCUACAAUGCUUCAUUAUCUGCUUAUAGAUUAUCCGAUAAUUCUCUAGAAAAAAGAACCCCAUUCCUAGUAUUCGCAACGUUAAAUUCACUUUACACUUGUUUAUGGGAUAUUAUCAUGGAUUGGUCAUUAUUACAAAACUUAGCUUCUGGAAGUGAAAAUAGAUUCCUAAGAAAUGAUUUAUAUCUAGCAGGUAAAAAAAAUUGGAAAACGGGGAAAUACUCAACGAACAGGAAAUUAUUUUAUUACUUUGCUAUGAUUACAGAUGUUAUACUAAGGUUCCAAUGGAUUAUUUAUGCAAUUCGUGUAAGAACGAUUCAACAAAGUGCGAUGACUUCAUUUGUACUAGCAACUACUGAAGUAUUCAGAAGAUUUCUUUGGAUCAUAUUUCGUGUAGAAAAUGAACACGUCGCCAAUGUGCAUCAUUUCAAAGUUUCUGGGAAUGCACCUCUGCCAUAUCCAGACUUCCUUGUUAAUAAAAUAAAAUCUGGAACCGAUCAACAUUCGCCAAUAUGUUCAUCGUUGAAUUUAGAAUCAUUUGGUGAUAAUUCGACAACCAAAAACAAUGUUGUCGAUGCCUCUACAUUCUUGCCAUCAUCUAGUACAACAAAUGUGCAAGGUUUUCAAACGCCUCCUUCAACAGCGUAUCAUGGUAUGUUUAGAAGAGAAACAUCAAUGUUUGAUAAUAUCUCAAAGUCAAUCCCUUGGGCUCAUGCUUCAGACUUUCAGAGGCCGAUUAUGCGUUCUUCUGCAGUAAAACUUGGAUCUGAUUCCGAAAGUGAAAAUGGGGAUUCUUAA